AGGUGCUCCAGCCAACCGUGUUCUCAGCCGUUCAUCAGAAGAAGACAGUGGCCCGGAGGAAAGUGUGCGUGUGGGGUAUCGCGAUCACAGACGGGUCAUUGUUCUGAUUUAACCGCUGCCUCCUCGCGAUCUCCUCGCCCUCAGUCUUCACUCGCAUCCCAUGGGCUUGGAAAACCCCGUGCUUCCGAGAUACAGCUGAACUCCCUAGGCUCAUAAUGUUCAAGAAGAGCAAGAGCAAAGUUCUGGUGGAUGAAGCGUCAGAGGAGGAGGAAGACGUGUCGUGGCAUCACGAGCACGCGAGGAAGGAUAAAGACUCUGAGGGAACAGAGGAAGUUCUGAGUCCCUCGACAAAGGAUUCAAAACUAAAGAAGGUUAAAUCAAAGCGAGAAAAAGGAGACAAGAAGUUGUUUCCAUCUCAGGACGAUGAACACAUCUUGCUGACAGGAGUCACGGUCUCUCACAGAAAAGGGUCUGCUAAGAAAAACUGGGAGGACGACAAGAGUAAAGUGCACCCAGAAAAAGACAAAGCACACUGUCUGUGGGACAGCAUCACAAUGACGAUGAAGCAAAUCACACCCACAAAGAAGAUCGACAAGAUUGAGGGCUGGGAACCGCCUCAGCUGAACGACGGAUUGGAGGAGGAAAACAAGGAGCCGGAGAAGAAGAGGAGCGACUCGUCCCCGCUGUCCUCCCCUCUGACACUGUCUCUGCCUCAUUCUCUGGGUCUGCCGUCCUGGGUCGGUUUGGGUUCGGAGGAGGACUCGUCUCGUUACGCUAGUCUGACUGAAUCACAGACGGGUGGCCCUGCCCAGUGGGCGGCUCGGGCGCGAGAUAAAUUAGCAGCCGUUCGUCGCCGAAGUCCAGCCAGCCUAUCAGAAAAUAAUUGGGAGGGGCUAAAAUGAUUUACAUAUUAAUGUCUGUGAGGAUGGCCAACCAACUCUAAUUGGACAGCCCACCUAUGUGAAGAUGUGAAGAGUAGGACCCUCAGACCAAGAGUGCCUGCGUCAAUGAUUUAUUGUCACUUUUUCAUUUGAUAUAAAAUGCGUGUCCAACUUUUGAAUGGAGCUCCUUUGGAAAAAUCACUGGAUGUACUCAGUUAAUCACCACCCAUUACCUUUAAAGGCUAUAAAAGACAUUUAAACACUCAAAGGGAGAGUUCAACCAAAAACGAAAAUCAUUUAUUCAAUCUCAUUCCAAACCUUUUUAAUGUUCUUUAAACCUGUCCCGUUGAACACAAAAGAUGAAGAAUAGCAGAAUGUCCCAAGAACCAUAAACCUCAGUCAGACGCCAUAUUGAAUUUAAUGCAGAUGAUGAUGAGGCUGUGAGGGAUAGACUUUGCAGUCUUCACAAUGGUAUGUACUGUAUAAAGGUCCUAAUCGCAUUAAUUUCACAUCUUUCAGAACUGGUUUAUUACGUUUUUGUCUACCAAAAGUUUUUCAGAGAGACAUUUUGAAGGCUUUACAAUCGGCAUUUUUUUGUGCUACUUCUAUCCCUCACAAUCCCGUUUUUAUCCCCGAUUAAAAAAAUAAAUAUGGCACUAUCCUGACCAAUGUCUAUUCGCUUGUUAAGUCUGACGUCACGUAGCAGCGCUUCCGUGUCCAAACGCUCUAUCAGUUACCACGAGAAAACAACAAACGGUGCUAAUAUAAACUCACAAUGUGAUAGAAUACUAGCAAAAAAGUUAUAAUCUUAACUUUUAACUACAUACCGAAGUCCCAGAUAGGCAGACAAUGAAAAUUUAAAUAUAAAAAAUAUAUAUAUAAAUAUUAUUUGUGUUUGGGACGCUGUGAGCACGGAGACUGUAGUGUAUACCAUAAGUUUGAAAGUGUUUAGCUUAAAUGAUUAAUAUGAAUAAACAGUGCUCAUAAACGUAUUCUCAAGUGAAGUUGAGGAAGAGAGUUGAGGCUUGGACCUGGAAACAGCGCUUCUUACGUCAUCACUUAACAAACAAGUAUCAUAAUACAUAUUUUGUAAAUUACAGAGAAACAGCAAUAAGUCUCCAUUCAUCCUUCUCCAGUCAUUGUAUGAAAAGUCAGUCAGGACAUCCUGCCAAACUUCUCUUUUUCACAGAAUAAAAUCAAACUGGUUUUGGUUGACAUACGGGUGGACGACAGAACAUUAUUUUUUGUAGGGGAACGCUGUGUCUUUAAAUCAAUGUUUUAUUAGUGCACCCUUCAGUACCCAUCAUCAUAGACAGAGGAACUCACUCCUGACAAGAGAGCGAUGCUUUGAAUGAAGUGCUUGAAUCUUCGAUUCACUUGUGACUUGUGGUUCAUUUAUUCUGCUAUGUAGUUGAAGGGUGAAUGUGAAAUGAUGUAGAAAUGCCUUCCACUGCUCAGUGUAGAUUUACUGCCUGCUGUUUCACAAUCAUAAUGCACUGUAAUAACUCUAUGCAAUGAUUUUCUUACUAUAAAACUAAACAUCAUGCUUACAAUUUAAGCCACUAUUUAGUCACAAGAAGAAUUACUGUGACUUGAGACAUACAGGGAACAGCUAUAAAUUGAAUGUGUACUGUAUUGUUCAAAAUAAUAGCAGUACAAUGUGACUAACCAGAAUAAUCAAGGUUUUUAGUAUAUUUUUUAUUGCUACGUGGCAAACAAGUUACCAGUAGGUUCAGUAGAUUGUCAGAAAACAAACAAGACCCAGCAUUCAUGAUAUGCACGCUCUUAAGGCUGUGCAAUUGGGCAAUUAGUUGAAAGGGGUGUGUUCAAAAAAAUAGCAGUGUCUACCUUUGACUGUACAAACUCAAAACUAUUUUGUACAAACAUUUUUUUUUCUGGGAUUUAGCAAUCCUGUGAAUCACUAAACUAAUAUUUAGUUGUAUGACCACAGUUUUUUAAAACUGCUUGACAUCUGUGUGGCAUGGAGUCAACCAACUUGUGGCAACUCUCAGCUGUUGUUCCACUCCAUGAUUCUUUAACAACAUUCCACAAUUCAUUCACAUUUCUUGGUUUUGCUUCAGAAACAGCAUUUUUGAUAUCAUCCCACAAGUUCUCAAUUGGAUUAAGGUCUGGAGAUUGGGCUGGCCACUCCAUAACAUUAAUUUUGUUGGUUUGGAACCAAGACUUUGCCCGUUUACUAGUGUGUUUUGGGUCAUUGUCUUGUUGAAACAACCAUUUCAAGGGCAUGUCCUCUACAGCAUAGGGCAACAUGACCUCUUCAAGUAUUUUAACAUAUGCAAACUGAUCCAUGAUCCCUGGUAUGCGAUAAAUAGGCCCAACACCAUAGUAGGAGAAACAUGCCCAUAUCAUGAUGCUUGCACCUCCAUGCUUCACUGUCUUCACUGUGUACUGUGGCUUGAAUUCAGAGUUUGGGGGUCGUCUCACAAACUGCCUGUGGCCCUUGGACCCAAAAAGAACAAUUUUACUCUCAUCAGUCCACAAAAUGUUCCUCCAUUUCUCUUUAGGCCAGUUGAUGUGUUCUUUGGCAAAUUGUAACCUCUUCUGCACAUGCCUUUUUUUUAACAGAGGGACUUUGCGGGGGAUUCUUGAAAAUAGAUUAGCUUCACACAGACGUCUUCUAACUGUCACAGUACUUACAGGUAACUCCAGACUGUCUUUGAUCAUCCUGGAGGUGAUCAUUGGCUGAGCCUUUGCCAUUCUGGUUAUUCUUCUAUCCAUUUUGAUGGUUGUCUUCCGUUUUCUUCCACGUCUCUCUGGUUUUGCUCUCCAUUUUAAGGCAUUGGAGAUCAUUUUAGCUGAACAGCCUAUCAUUUUUUGCACCUCUUUAUAGGUUUUCCCCUCUCUAAUCAACUUUUUAAUCAAAGUACGCUGUUCUUCUGAACAAUGUCUUGAACGACCCAUUUUCCUCAGCUUUCAAAUGCAUGUUCAACAAGUGUUGGCUUCAUCCUUAAAUAGGGGCCACCUGAUUCACACCUGUUUCUUCACAAAAUUGAUGACCUCAGUGAUUGAAUGCCACACUGCUAUUUUUUUGAACACACCCCUUUCAACUAAUUCAACUAAUUGCCCAAUUGCACAGCCUUAAGAGCGUGCAUAUCAUGAAUGCUGGGUCUCAUUUGUUUUCUGAGAAUCUACUGAACCUACUGGUGACUUGUUUGCCACGUAGCAAUAAAAAAAUAUACGAAAAACCUUGAUUAUUCUGGUUAGUCACAUUGUACUGCUAUUAUUUUGAACAAUACUGUAUGUGCUCGGUCCUGCCCUGUUGCUGGAGAUUUUGAGCUUUAAUCAAACAGAUUAUAGUUAUUGGAUUUAUUUGGGAAAGACAUAGUCUUCUAGGAUUAAAACUAAAUUCUGAAGCCGGUUGGAUUGAGGAUCCAGAUUUCUUAUGGUAACGAUUACUGAUACAGACCUUAAUAUUUGAAUCCUUCCAAAGACCUCAAGAGCUGUGCCAUUUUAUCAUCUUUGCUGUGCCUCGACUUAAAAUUCAUUUUGUAGUGUGAUCACAACAUGUUAAUUACUUAACCCCCAACACGAUAAAAAUGACAAUCCUCAUUUACAAGUCCAGUUUUAAAUGUAUUUUCUAACCCUUUGGCUGAUGCCAUUGAUCUGCCUAAGAUCUUUGGUUUGCUAGAGGAACAUGCCUGAGUGUCUUAUUGCUGAUUUUAGAAGAUUAUUUAUAAUCGGAUUCUGAAAGUACAGUGUGUUUGCUGCUCUUAGUUGUUCAUAGUAGCUUUAUAUAAUCGGUCUACCAGUGUGUUUAACUUUGAAAGAUGAUUACAGAUUGUUAGUUUCAGAUUUUGCUCUUUAUAUGUUGGGCCUUUGCAAGAAUCUUAUUAUCUUGAUACUACUGAAUGAUUUAUUUUUUCUGUAUUAUGAUUUUCAAUGUAAAUGAUAAAAUGUUGUUCCAAGGGUUCAGAGAAGUUGGUGAAUCUGAAUAAAAAGUUAGUUUGUACUCAA